AUGAGUGCAUUAGUAGGUGGAUUGAUCGAUGGUAGUGGCGGCAGUCCCCUGGGACCACAGCUGAGCGACCACGCCCGAGAGUUGCACACGAAGAUGCUGGGAUCUGUAGCGGGAGUCCCCAAGAUGUACACGCAGAAGGAACUACAGACGUUGUUACCCCUCGUGAAGUCGCUUGGAGACCUGAUGAUGAUUGUGCAGGAGUUACUGGACCACAACCUGAUCAAGCUCGUGAAGCAGAACAACGAGUUGAAGUUCCAAGCUGUGGAUGCGAGCGAGGCCGCGAAGAAAACGGCAAUGUCGUCCGAGGAGUCCCUCGUGUACUCGUACAUCGAGGCGAGUGGCCGAGAAGGGAUAUGGUCCAAGACGAUCAAAGCGCGGACCAACCUGCACCAGCACGUGGUCCUCAAGUGUCUCAAAUCGUUGGAGUCGCAACGGUACGUCAAGUCCGUGAAAUCGGUGAAGUACCCCACCAGGAAGAUCUACAUGCUCUACAAUCUACAGCCGAGUGUGGAGGUCACCGGUGGCCCCUGGUUCACAGAGGGGGAACUCGACGUCGAGUUCAUCAACUCCCUGCUGACGAUCGUGUGGAGGUUUGUCGCAGAGAACACUUUCCCCAACGGGUUUGGAGACGACACCACCACGCAGUCACGCGAUGUACAGUACGUCCCUGGCCACAAGAGUUACUCCUCCACGGGCGAGAUCCUCGAGUUCAUCAGCGCGUCACAGGUGACUAACGUGCAGCUACGUGCAAGCGAUAUCCGUGCCCUGUGCGAGGUGCUACUGUACGACGACAAGCUGGAGCAGACGGGCCACGACUGCUACCGUGCGACACUGCAGUCACUGAACCAGCUGAGCGGUGGCGUAGAAGCGAACGAAGCGCGGGACCCAAAGGGAACCCAGCCGGCGCUAUCAGACUGCGACGAGUUCUCCAUCUUCGACCACUACAAAGUGGUGCCGCCCGUGCACAGCGACGCGGAGGCCGUGUUCUUCGACGAGUGGGUGCUGUAG